AAAUAGGUCUCCUAAUACACAUAUUAUCAAAAACUAAUAGCACAAUUAAACUAAAUACGUUAAAUAUACACCAAUAUAAACAUAGUUUAGCGGUUAAGACAUAAGGUUUUAAAUUCAAACAAAAUCAAUUUAAACAUCUAAAUUAUGCAGAUUGAGAAUUUACAGUGAUUCUGGCUUCUACGUCCGAAACAGGAGGCCCACUUAUCCAUCGAAAGCAAAAAAGCCUUCCCAUUCCAAACGACUGCUGUGGAUCUUACAUACGAAGCCUCCAUUACCACCACAAGUUCCAAGCAUUUCUAAAGGCUAAACUCACUUCCAUGGCGUCGCUUACAUGAACCAAAACUUUCAGGUAACCUUCCUUCACGAACCCUAUUGCUCCUUCUUCUUCUUCCUCAAGCAAUGCUACUGCCUGGAAUCAGCUCCGUCCCUUUCUCCUGCUCCGUUCGCCUCAAUAGUACCAUCUCCGCCCAUCCCCGGAAUGUCGUCGUUUCCGUCUCCGCUCAAUCGUCGCCGGCCAAUGCUAGCUACAGCGUCUCCGACAAGGACCUCGAGUCCCGAGGAUUCGUCCUUCACCGCACCGUCUCCGACCUCAACCUCGACCACCUGAACUCGGUCUUCGCGGCCGUCGGAUUCCCCAAACGCGAUCCGGAUAAGAUCAGGACGGCAUUGGAGAACACGGACGCGUUGCUGUGGAUCCAAUACAGUAAAACGCAGCGGCCGGUGGCGUUCGCUAGAGCUACAGGCGACGGCGUGUUCAACGCGAUUAUAUGGGAUGUGGUGGUGGACCCUUCCUUCCAAGGGCUUGGUCUCGGGAAGGCAGUGAUGGAGAGGAUAAUCGAGGACCUGCUGCGCAGAGGAAUUUCCAAUAUCGCAUUGUAUUCGGAGCCUCGCGUGCUAGGGUUCUACAGGCCUUUAGGUUUCGUCGCGGAUCCGGAUGGAAUCCGUGGAAUGGUGUAUUCGAGAAAGAAAAAGAAAAAUUAAAUACAGAUUACACAAAUCAAUUGCGUUGAGUCCGAC